ACGUUUGAAGCACAUCAAGAGCAAGACAAAAGCAAGGCCGAGCUUAGUUUAACUGAAGAACAGGUGGAAACGUUGAAACAAGUUAGUUCACUUGUGGGGAUGUUUCAGCAAGAAGCUUUGAACGAGAAACAGACACGGUUGUUAGCCCAACUAAAAGCUCUCGAAAAGGUUUGUGCGUUGUUUUUUUGCUCCCUGUAAUACCGCAUCACAUAAGCUUUAUAGUAAUGUCUUGUCGGAUUUAAGGCACUAAAUAUUACUGAAAAGUGCAGGCAUGAUUUACGCUAUUUUGAGUUUUUCAAUUUUUAAACGUAGGGUUUACUUGGAGAAAUUUUGGUCCGCGUGGUACCCAAAUAUAGAAUGUUUGAGAAGGAAUUAAAAGUGGCGAGCGACAAAAACGAACAUACAAUUUUGGCCCUUCUGCUCUCUUUACUCGCGUUAACAACCUCCUUUCAGCAGAAUUAUCACAAUAAUCAGCUCGUGGUAACGCCAAACGAAAUGAUCGGCCUUUAUUGCCGUGAUUAGCCACUGAACGACCCGCCGCUAUUUUUGUCUGUUUUUUUCCCUAGUACUAGGAUCGUACUAGCGAAGGUAGUUUACAUGGUGCUAGGAUCCUCCUACCUGUCAGCUAGGAAGAUCCUACUACCAGGAAGAUCCCAGCUCUAGGAACAAGUACAACCCUUUGCAUGUAAACUGAAUACGGAAAACACAUGGCGCUAGGAUGAUCCGCCUUCUAGCAUCUUCCUGGUACUAGGAUCUUCCUCCCUUCAUGUUAACAGCGGUUAUGAUUAUAAAUGAGCCUAUCAUAAGCUUACGUUCAUUUCCGUUUUUCGCGGUUUUGCAGGACAGAUUGGCAACCGACGCUUGGAAAAUUAUUGCUGCUCUCAAAAAAGAAAAGGGCGACCUUGAGGCAAGUAUA